AAGUCGGGCAGUUUAGAAAAUAAACGAAAGGCUAGCUCGAAUUAAUAAAUGUUCUCAAUUUUCACAAAAAUAUUUUAAGCAUGAUUUCGCAGUCUUUAGGUUGAUUUAUUAACGAAGACUUUCAGAUCGGCCAUGAAUCCCGACCUAUCGCUGCGCGUGAGCGUAUUCUCCGAACAAGGAGGGCGGAAAUACAUGGAGGAUUUAACGGAGGUGAUCGUGGAGCUCGAACCGACCGACGACGAGCUGCAAGCGGCUGGACACACCGGUGCAAAACCGGACCAAGAGCCUGACUCCGGAAGCUAUCCGCUGUACUGCACAAACAAGCCGUUUCCCUUCACUGUAACUUGGAGUAACACACUGUCUAGUGACGGCACGGAGGAACCCGGGACUGAACCGGCGGCACCGGACAGCAGGAGAUCGGUCGCGUUCUUCGCCGUGUUUGACGGUCACGGCGGGCGAGAAGCAGCACUGUUCGCUCGAGAUCACCUCUGGGACUUUCUCAAGAAGCAAAAGGGCUUUUGGUCGAAGGAUUACAGGAAAGUUAGCGCCGCAAUUCGCAAGGGCUUUAUCGCUUGUCAUCAUGCUAUGUGGAAAAAGCUGCCUGAGUGGCCAAAGACAUUAACUGGGCUCCCCAGCACUUCGGGCACUACAGCCAGUGUGGUGGUGAUCAGAGGGGACCUCAUGUUUGUGGCUCAUGUCGGGGACUCAUCUGUCGUGCUCGGCGUGAGGGAAGAUCCUGCUGAUAAAGUCAUAAAAGCUGUGGAGGUCACACAAGACCACAAGCCCGAGCUCCCGAAAGAGAAGCAGAGAAUUGAGGGACUGGGAGGCAGUGUUGUGAAAAAGUCUGGAGUGAACCGUGUGGUGUGGAAGAGACCCAGAUUAUCUCACAAUGGCCCUGUAAGGAGGAGCACCCCGAUUGACCAGAUCCCCUUCCUCGCUGUUGCCAGAGCUCUGGGUGAUCUAUGGAGUUAUGACUUUUACAGUGGAGAGUUUGUGGUAUCUCCAGAGCCUGACACCAGUGUGGUGACCCUUGACCUUAGACGGCAUCGGUACAUCAUUGUUGGCAGUGACGGGCUUUGGAAUAUGGUGCCACCCCAGGAGGCGGUUACUGUGUGCCAGAGCCAUGAUGAAGCUGUGGCGCCUUUCGGGAUGUCAGUUGCGCGGCGGUUAGGCUGCCAUGCAUUGAUGCGAUGGCGUCAGCGGAUGCUCCGUGCAGACAACACUAGCGUCAUAGUUAUCGCGCUGCCUGAGCCUGGCAAACCCCACCUAUCUGUGCACAGAGACGAGGUGAUACUCAGCCUGGCAGAGGGUCCACACUGCAACCCAAAAUCAGGAUCCCGAUCCAACACACCUCUCAUCAAGGCUCCGGAUUCAGACCUGUCCUCAGCCAGCAGUGAGUCUUUGCCGGCCCUGGAGAGGAGGAACGGUCUAUCAGGAGUCAGUCUCAGUGCAGAGCCCCUUUUAGAGGAAAACCUCCCUUAUGUUGAGCUCAGUGACAGAGCUGCCUUGACUGUGUGCCCCACUGAGGGCAACCGGACCCUAGAGUCCCCACAGGAUGGGUCCAGGCCGAUGGGGAAGAGGCCCCGACGCAGCCUACUCAGCUCCCGGCGAAGGACUGAACGCUCCGCACCCAAACGCAACAGCACCAAGAGUUCCAAACGCACACCCAAUGUCUCUAUACUACAGCAUCGCAAAGCAACUCUCUGUGCAUGCUAAAAUCCUCCAUUGGACACAAACUAAGAGAUGUGUACAGAUGGUCAAUCUACCUACAUCAUGGUCUCUUAUAUGCUGCAUUGUCAAUAGAAUAAAUAACCGCUAUUGCUUGUGUCCAUGUUUUGAGGAUGUGCCACUGUUUCUGUUACGUCUUUUUGGAGUGCUUUCUUUGUUCUUAAACAUUUUUGCUGUUCAUGGAUCUAUUCUGGCAUUAAGAUCUUUUCCAUAUAAAAUAAUAGUUUCUCUGAGAACAUAAACAGCUCUGAGAAGAAUCUUUGAGUUGUCAUCGUGUAAUUACAGCAAUCCUUCACAAUGUGAAAGCUGCAUUAUUCUCUGAUUUUGUCGUCCAGUUUUGUUUACAUAAUUGUUUUUCUUCCUUUCACUUUUAAUGGGUUAAAUAUAAGAAAAUCAAUCCAAAACCUUUUUAGCUUUUAGAGGAUAUUUUAUAAAAGCAAAGACUGCAUAUCACUCCUAAAUGGUAUUUUUUAACCUCCCCUUAAAUUAAAGAACAGCAUUAUUCAAGUACAUCUUUUACAUUCAUGAAUUGCUUAAGAGGUGUACAGAGUUUCUGAAAAGACCAAAUUAUUGGAGGUAUAACAAUAUAUAUUUUUGUACUUGUUAUAUUUGUUUUUAAUUUUCAAUAUACCCAAUUUAUUUUCUUGUCCCAUGAUGCUGGUGUGCACAAUUGCCUGUUAAUAUACAUUAUUUGUUCAUUAACUAUUUCUAUUAGUGUUUCAUAUGUAUUUAUUAGCAUUGUCGUGUUAAAAUUCUUUUCUAAUUUUUAGUUGCUCCAUUUUUCAUUUUCAGAGAGCAUGACAUGAAACUUGAUAAUGACAUAAUCAGUGUCAAAUCUCAGAUUGCAAAGCAAAUGUAUUUUUUAAUGUACUAAAAAAGGGGUUGGGAUUGCAUGUUCAUAUUACCAUAUGAAUGAAGACCAGUCAUAUCCUUUAAAGGGAUAGUUCACCCAAAAAUGAAAAUUCUCUCAUCAUUUUCUCACCCUCAUGCCAUCCCAGAUGUGUAUGACUUUCUUCUGCUCAACACAAAUUGAGAUAUUACAGCUCUGUAGGUCCUUACAAUGCAAGUGAAUGGUGACUAGAAAUCUGAAGCUCCAACAAGCACAUAAAGGCAACAUACAAGUAAUCCAUACGACUCCAGUGGUUUAAUCCAUGUCUUAAUCUUUCUAACUCCCAAGUGUGGGUGAGAAAAAGGUCAAAAUGUAAUAAAUCAUUUACAAUAAAUCUCCACUUCCACAUUCUUCUUUUGUUUUUUGGUGAAUUGCAUUGUUCGUCACCUACUUGUCGGGCUGGUCAAAGGUGGGAUUUAUUGUAAAUAGGGAUAUUGAUUUAUCUUUUCUGUUAUCUUAAUAUUGAUCUGUUUCUAACCCACAUCUAUCACUUCUGAAGACAUUCAUUUAACCACUGGAGCCGUAUUGAUUACUUUUAUGAUGCCUUUAUGUACUUUUUGGGGCUUCAGUGUUCUGUCCACAGAUCUCUUGCAUUACAGAGCUAAGAUAUUGUUCUAAAAAAUCUUUAUUUGUGUUCUUCAGAAAAAAAAGUCACAUCUUGGAUAGCAUGAGAGUGAGUAAAUAAUGAGAGAAUUUUUAGUUUUGGGUAAACUAUCCCUUUAAUGCUGCCUUUUUGUUUAGUAACUGUUGUAUGAUCGGACCCAAAAUUUCUUCUGUAUUUCAAUAUUGUUUGAUUAUUUACUAUCCUUUUAUAUCAAUGUAAUGCUGAUAACAUCUUCCAACACCAGUUACAGAGCUAAAGUUAAGUAAUGUGUGGUUAUAUACUUAUAUAUAGAGGUGUUUGCCAGACUGUACAGCACAUUUUUACCAGGUUGUUUGUUGCCCCAUGUUUGAGACAUUGUCUUUGGUUGAAGAUUUUCUAAUAAUAUGUCAAGGUUAAUGUUAAAAAUGGAAUAAAUGGUAUUAAA